UCACAGCUAGAAAAUGAAGGCGCAGAGGCAGCCAUUACUGGAGGCUCUGUAAUUAUUAAAUCCAAAUAAAUACUGGUGGAAAACUUCCAUGGCAAGAACCACUAGUCAAAUUUAUGAUGCUGUUCCCAUUCAAUCCAGCGUUGUCAUCUGUUCCUGUCCACAUCCAUCAAUGGUAAGAAAUCACCCAGACUCCAGCUCGCCGCUUGCUGUCCCGGGCGCAAGUAGCAGCCACUGUUCCAGCAUGGAGGGCCCCACCACCGAGCCCAGGGCCUCUCUCAAGUCUGCCAACAAGAGCGCUGAUCCGCGGCAACAAUCAAUACAGCCCCCACAGCCACGCAAGAAGAGGCCUGAGGACUUCAGAUUUGGGAAAAUUCUAGGGGAAGGCUCCUUCUCAACUGUUGUACUGGCAAGAGAACAGACAACGGGAAAGGAAUAUGCAAUUAAAAUUCUGGAAAAGCGGCAUAUCAUGAAGGAGAAAAAGGCAGAAUACGUGAAAAGAGAAAGAGAUGUCAUGUCAAACCUAGAUCACCCAUUCUUUGUCAAACUCUACUUCACAUUUCAAGAUGAUGAGAAGCUCUAUUUUGGCCUUAGCUACGCUAAAAAUGGGGAGCUUCUUAAAUACAUUCGGAAGAUAGGUUCUUUUGAUGAGACGUGUACUAGAUUCUACUCGGCUGAAAUAGUUUCGGCACUUGAAUAUUUGCAUGCAAAGGGGAUAAUUCACAGGGACCUUAAACCAGAGAAUAUUUUAUUGAGCGAAGAAAUGCACAUCCAGAUAACAGAUUUUGGAACAGCAAAACAGUUAUCUUCUGAUAGCAGGCAAGCAAGAGCAAACUCUUUUGUAGGGACUGCACAGUAUGUGUCCCCUGAACUGCUGACAGAGAAAUCUGCCUGCAAAAGCUCUGACCUCUGGGCCCUAGGCUGUAUAAUCUACCAGUUGGUAGCAGGUUUACCACCAUUUAGAGCUGGGAAUGAGUAUCUAAUAUUCCAGAAGAUAAUAAAGCUGGAGUAUGAAUUCCCAGAGAAAUUCUUUCCCAAAGCAAAGGAUCUCGUCAAACAGCUUUUAUCCUUGGACCCUUCCAAACGGAUAGGCUGUGAGGAGAUGGGUGGGUACGACCCCCUGAGGGCCCACCCCUUCUUUGAGACCAUCUCCUGGGAGAACCUGCACCAGCAGACGCCCCCCAAGCUCACCCCGUACCUACCUGCCAUGUCCGAGGAUGAUGAGGACUGCUAUGGAAAUUACGAUGACCUCCUCAGUCAGUUCAGCAGCAUGCAGGUGGCCCAGCCCAGCUCUGAGACUGCACCCCCGCAGAGGUUCAACAGCAACAUCGAGCAGUACAUCCACGACCUGGACAACAACUCCUUUGAGCUGGACCUGCAGUUCUCUGAUGAGGAGAAGCAGCUCCUGCUGGAGAAGCAGACUAGCGGAAACCCCUGGCACCAAUUUGUAGAAAAUAAUUUAAUACUCAAGAUGGGGCCAGUGGACAAGCGGAAGGGACUGUUUGCCCGCCGCCGUCAGCUGCUCCUGACAGAAGGGCCGCACCUUUACUAUGUUGACCCUGUCAACAAGGUCCUGAAGGGGGAGAUUCCAUGGUCCCCAGAGCUGCGCCCAGAGGCCAAGAACUUCAAGACUUUCUUUGUUCACACGCCCAACAGGACAUAUUAUCUAAUGGACCCUAGCGGAAAUGCUGACAAGUGGUGCAAGAAGAUUCAAGAAGUGUGGCGGAAGAUUUACCACAAGCACCAAAACACUGGCAUAUAGAUCCAGGGCCGAGAAGGGCCCGCUAGCUCCUGCUACGGCCAGACCUCCCUUCUACGUCUGAGGCUCAUCAGUACAGCACCACCUGCCCUAGUGCCCUUCAGCACCACACGUUAACACCUCUUUUAGAAAGGCUGGCUUCUUUACUCUGUUUUCCUCCUGUAAAAAAUGGAAAUAGGACAACAAGACAUAAUUGGUAUUCAGGGUUGCUUUGCUUGUUCUCUGUGCUCUUGAGACUUCAAAUGCAUUAUGUCAUGUGCGGAUGAAGAUCCAGCUGCCAUGCACUUCUCUUCUCCUGCUCCAGAAAACUGAGACAAUGACAAGAAAUAGCCUUGUGUUUUCGACCGCUUCAAUUGGAUUAAAAUAGAAUGCCACAUGCGCACAUACACCUAGACAAUGCAGAGCACAGUUCUAGUCAUGAGGAGGAACAGGGGCCUUAUUCCCGCUACUUCUCAUUUUGUAAUCACAACUGUCAGGGAGCUUUAAACAGAGAAAUAAGCAUACAGUAUGUUUGCUUUUUUUUAAACCUUCCUCUUUCUGGCUUUUUCAGUAUCAGCAGCUUGCAGUCAGUGAUAGCGCAAUUCACUCUGUUUUAUAAAUGAUCGCAGGUUUACAGUGGUACUACAAAUUAGCAUAGGUGUCUGUACUUAAGUAUAGGUUCUGGGUAGACUGACAAUUUACUGUCAAUAAUACUAUAAUACAAAAAUGCAAGUGAAAAACAUGUACCUUGCUUGUCAUUUUUUAACCAUAAUACUAGCAUAGUCUCCCCACAUGGCCAGUUGGAAAUUGCAAAUCCUGUCAUUUUGCCUCAUUGGCAUCUUUCAGAGGACACAGGGGGAUUCACAGAUCCAUUGCUGAGAGUAGGUGACUAAAGUUAAGAUGGGUAUUUUGACUGAGUUGAUAACAGUAGAUGACAUAACUAAACUAUUUAGCUGUAUUCUGCCGGUAACUGGCAUUUUAACUACAAUUUAUAAUCAUAAAUGUCUUUCUGUUUAGGACAGCAUGCUCAUCUUGAAUUUGUUCUGUUGAACAAUAAAAUCAAACGCUGUCCACUAUGUGUAGAACAGCUCUAGUAUAGAGAAGCAAACUGAAUUAUAACUACUGUCACUAUGAAGCAAUCGCAGUCAAGGUCUGCAGUACAAGAGCAGCUUCACACCUUUGCCCCUGUUAGAUGUUGUUUUGACUCGUACAGUUCAUUCCCACUUUACAAAGGCACACAUGUCCACAGAUUUGUUUGGUCUCUCUACAUCUGACCUGGCCUGUACUUAAUAGUUUGGUUUUGAUUUUUCAUUUUUGUUUGGUUUUUGUUAUGUUUUUUUUUUCUUUGAUGGGACACUGCAAAAAGUCCUCGGUGGAUUGGAUAUGGUCAUGAUCUUGCAGUUGAGUCAGUCUGCAGCGAGCGACUGUGUACAGGAGCAGCCUCAGACUAUAGUGUAAUCAAUUAGUUUGGAUAUCAGCAAUAAGCUAUUUGGGCCAAAUAGCAGUUGAAAUUGCUGUAUCUACCUUUAAAGUAAGCAAGUACUACAGGAAGUGUAUGUUUCUCUUGCUCAGACUUUUUUUUUAGUAUUUUUUAUUAUUAUCAAGUUGGCGGCAGUCGGUUACAUUGUGUAUUUAAUACUCUACCUGGUUCGUAACUGACAAGAACUGUGAUGUACAGAUGACGUAUUAUUGAAAUCUAAAGCAAGUAAUGCAAUGAUAUUAGGAUACACACUUUUUGUAUUUUUAUUCUUGUAUAAGGUUAUUUGCUGGCUAUUGUUUAGCCUUUAGUUCAUUCUGUGUUAUUUAAAUUCUAAUAUAUGAAUCAUAUUUGGAUUGAAGUCAUGUUCAGGGGCCAUGUUGUGUAUGUAUUGAGAUGUAAAGCCUUUGAAUGUGAAUAAUUAUUGUAAACUAUGAUAUUUUACAGCUUUUUUUUCUUACUAUAUUAUAUACAUUUUCUAUUUGGUCAGUGAUUUAAUCAUAUUUCCCAUAAUUUAAUGAAUCUGUUCCUUCUCUUUCCAAUUAUUUGUGCGCUAGGUAUAGUUGUUGAAUGAUGAGUUUUCCACGUAAUGCUUGGUAGUCCUGUAAUAAAAGCAUGUAGGGUUUUAGGCAUACAAUAAUACCCUGCGUCCUGUCUUUUUGUGCACUGUGUGAAGCCUGUGAUUUUAUGCACCACCCGAUCAGCCUUAAUACCACAGUUAGGAAUAAGGCCAGGUUUAUGUAUUUUUUUACUUUAUUUGAGCUUGUUUUAAA